AAGAUCUUAAUUUAAGUGGGUGGCAUAGUGAGAUCUUCGAGGAUCCUGAGCCCGUAAUCAUUGUCCUGCGACGGUGAAAUCGGGCCGUAUACGUUUGCGUAUCCGUCGAAAGACGGCCGUUUUACGGCACAGGUUUCAGUGUUUAUGGUGGGUGUGUUUCGCCAUAUACGUCACGGCGUGUUACGGCCGUAAUACGGUCGCUACCAAACGGGUGAAACACGGUCCGUUUACGAUCGUAAUUUCAGCGUUUACGACUGUGUACGGUACCGUAAACGGUCGUUUUGGAUCGUCGUAAUCAUCGUCCUGGGAAGAUGAGGAAAAGCAAGUGAAAAGCGAACGCUUUUUCUGAUACGUCAUUUUCUAUAGUUAAAAUGGUCACAUGACUAUAAAUGUGUUUAUUUACGACCAACCGACAUUGACUUUGGAAAGAAAUUAAAAAAAAACGAUCUACACACGCUUUGAUGUUUUGCAUACCAGUUAAAGGAAGAAAAAAGGAAUGAUGCAAGUUGUGUCUAGAGAGGCCUUCAUAUUUUUUCGUUCUACCACACACACACGCACUUUUUCUCUACUAUCAAGAGUUAUGAAAUUACACAAACGAUAGCAGAGUAUUUCAAACGCACACGUGUCACAAGAAACAAUACCAACGUCUAACCGAAUGAAUUUCUCACUGCACACGAUACCUGUCGAGUUAGUGUAUCGAAUUUUGGACUAUUUAGAUAAUUUAACGAUUUUCUUAUCGUGCAGAAAUGUCUGCACAAGACUCAAUGCCAUUAUGGAUAUGAACCAUCGAUAUCAGGUAAUAUUUGUUAUUAUUGCGUAGAGUCAUAUAUAAGUCAUCUUUGAAGCAUAAUGUUUUUUCAGAAAUACAUUAUUUUCAUUGAUUUUUCUCUAUUGCAAAAAAAUAAUUUUCAAAACUUGAAGCAAUAUUUAGUUGAUGGCAGCAGUUUUAUCUCUGAUUUUGACGAUCAUUUAUUAAUUUUAAACACUCUCUUGUCUAUGAAAAUACACGGAACACUACGCUAAUAGCGCUAACACUGCCAAUACGAGCACUAUCAUAGUUAAUAUAAAUAACAAUCAUGUAAUCUUUACCUACCCAAUCUGAACGAUUCUAUCUCAUGAGUACAGAUUAUCAGGCUUGUUGCAAUCCUAGAGAUUUUAAUGGCGCAAUAAAAGAGAGAAUCAUACUAAUAUUCCUCAGUUUUCACCUAUUCAUGACGAAGAGAGAACAGGAUGUAAACAAAUUUCAAAACAACCAUCUGAUUUUAACUAGUUCGAUCUAGUCUUCGUUACACUCGGCUGCUCUUCUAACAACAACAUGUUACGUGGAAGAAGUAUUCAGCCAUUCACUAGCUAAUUUCAAAUAAUGUUCAUUUUAUCGAGAAAAUAUCCAAACAAAGAGUCGUUUAUUAACACUGUUCAAGUAUCUCAUACUAUUGAAUCCACAACAAGUAACUAAAUUACACUAUUACCGAUGGAACAAGCAUCGACUCGAUCUACAUCCAUAGAGCAGCAUAUUAAUGCUUAUAUUCAAGAUCUCGAAAGUAUAAAAAUUCAUUGAUAUCGUACGCACUUAAAAUUAGUAACAAUUUAUUCUGACAGAUUUGUGUUAGUGGACAGAAACACAUGUGUUCGCCAUUUACCCCGUAGCAAGUUUUCCUUGCUUAUUUUCAUAGAAUGAUAAACUUUUAUAGCACAUUUCUUUAUUAUUUUCGCUUUCAUCUUGUUUUAUCAUAGGAAUUCGAUACACUUUACCUUGGAGGCAACCAAAUUGAUACACAAAGAGCAAAACUUCUCGCCACUGCUCUACUACAAAAUACAACACUAACUACACUCUACCUUCAAUAUAAUCAAAUUAAUUCACAAGGAGCCAAGUAUCUAAGCAAUGCUCUACUUCAUAACAAAACACUCCUCACACUUCAACUCCAAUAUAAUCAAAUUGGUCUGCAAGGAGCAAGUCAUCUAGGCAAUGCUUUACAACAAAACACAGCACUUACUACCUUUAACCUUUCGUACAAUCAAAUUGUUGAUGAAGGAGCCGAGCAUCUGGCCAAUGCUCUAAUUCAAAACAAAACUCUCACUACGCUUGACCUCAGAGUCAAUCAAAUUACUUCACGAGGAGCACAAUAUCUCGCUAAUGGUCUAUCGCAAAACAAAAUACUUCUCACCCUUCAUCUUUCAUGGAACAAUAUUGGUGAUCAAGGGGCUGAAUAUCUAAGUAAUGCUCUCUUAGACAACAAAGCACUUCUCACACUUGGUCUCGAAGGCAUUCAACUUGGUGAUCAAGGUGCUGAACAUUUAGGCAAUGCUUUACUUCGAAACAAAGUAACAUUCGUUUUGCCUUUACAACUUAUUCCUAUUUUCACAUAG